AUGGCUUUUAAGGUAACACAUACUGCUGUAGAGAUAUUCACAUCAGCCUUGCAUGACUGUCUUUUGUGGAAUACGCGGAAUAUUCUCCUUGCAGUUUAUGAAGCCCGCGCAAAGCUGAGGAUGAACAAGGAGCGGACCAGUGACCUUUUCGGGCUCCCGAUUUCCUUGCACGACGAUAUUUUACCUGUGCUGUAUGCGAGUGACCGUCAACUGCACAAGCAUUCGGUGAGACUUCUGAAAACGUCCUCUGAGACACCAGCAGGCGUAUCAACGCCAUCCGAUAAUCUCUUUGGCCGGGAACUCGAUAUGCUCCAGGUAGAGAACUCAUUAUUAAGGAAUCGUGUCUGUAUCGUUUAUGGGCCUCAUGGAAUAGGGAAACGAUGCCUGGUAAACAACUUGAGCAAAUGGCUCCUUGAGAGCCGUCUAAUUAACCAUGUUUUCCACGUGGAUUGCUCCUCCGACACCUCAUCGUUAGAAUCAGUUCUUGCAACCAUCUGCCGCCAAGCCGACUCUGCAAUAGAAACGAAACGAAUGGAGACAUGUGAGGUCGAAGAUCUCAUGCUUCAAACUAUGUUCAGACAAGCUACUUUACUCGUCGUCGAAAACGUGGAGGACAGCACAGACUGGUUAGCAGAACUCUGUUCAAAGCUCGCCAUCUUUGAGAGAGACGAGGACGCCAUUCCUUUAUUCGUUCUUAUUUCAUCUCUAACGUCUCUAUCCUCAUUCCGUCGCAAGCUAUCCAAGACGAAGCCCGGCAGACAGUUCGCUUACGAAUUAAAAAGCUUGAACUCGGUUUCUGCCUCAAACCUUGCAGAGAAUCUUGUCAGUGGCAAACAGCCUAAGGAAGAAUCAUACUCAGCACUCUGGUACCGGCAGAGCAUUCUUAUGCUCCUCCAGCAUAACCCACUGGCAAUCGAAAUUGUACUUCCAGUGACCGUAAGCUGUGAGUCUCGCGAAGUUUACUGGCAUCUGAAGACGGGAAGCUUGGACCUGGACUGGGAGGCUUUCCCUGUCAAGCAGCUAUUCCUGCUGUGGAAGCCUCUAGUAGAACAUCACCCUGACAUCCUGAAAGCUUUCAUCCCCUUCACCACUUCGGUGCCAGAAGACUAUCUGUCCAAGAUCUCUGCAAUCUACCGACUUGGUCUCUCUGCCAGACAGACAUUGGUCCAAGCGGGUUGCACAAGUACGGAAGGAGUAAGAGCAUCCACUGGUCCUCUCCAGCUUCAUCCCCUAUUUUCUCAGUUCGCGCGGAAUCAGCCCUGGCCAAAAGAAGACGUCACCUCUAGUUGGCGCAGAGCAGCAGCCUACUACCACGAUCGAAGCAUCGACUGGAUCAAAACAGGCCUCUACUCCCCGACUACACCAAAGUCCAAGCCAAAGGACGAGUGGGAAAAUCUGACAGCCGUUCUGAGCCAUAUGAUCCCAGAGCUCGAGAACGACAGCGAUGCAUCGGGACUCUUCGACCUCUCUUGGGUUGUUGGCUCAUUUCAUGUUUUCCAUAAAGACAUUCCCAAGCACGCCGUCGACAUGUUCGCUGACCUGACUCUCAAAGCGCUGAAUGCCAUGGCCCCCGAGUUUGUACCAACAAGCAAUGAAGGCCUGCGAUUUAUUGUUGAUCAGGGCCUCUGCGCCAGAGCGAGGAAGCUAUCAGAUUUCCAGAUAUUGCGCAUCACACUAUUAGUGCAAUUCCUCGUCCAUUACUAUUACGAUAUUUCACCAAGAACUGCUAGUAUCUACCAAGAUGCCUUGAUGAUUCUGCAAGAUGCACUUCCGACGAGCCUAGAUGACCAAGAGUAUCGCAAGCUACUGAGCAUGGCGACAUCGAUAUCGUUUCUAACAGAAUGUGAGCUCUCUUGUGAAGAGGGACGGAUGCCAAAGACGAUGGAUCUAUGGGACGAAGUCUCAUCAGAUUUUGACCUGCCUUCAAACUUCCGCACCUUUGCCGAUGUCUGGGGGAAAACGCACGCUUACAGAAGACUGGGCUUCGUUUUGGACCUGACCCAGACGUGGCGGAAUCAUCAGAACCGUGCGAGGUAUUCUGUCGACUCAUCCGAGGAUUUCUCACCUCUGAAGCCUUUGGACACACUAGUUGACGCGUUUGAAGCUCUGAAUAGUGCCUCCAUCAACCAGGAACAAGAUUUACCGCCUCUUGAUCAGAAUUUACGUGAUGCAAUCCAGCGGUAUGACACUCGGAGUCAACUUGACAUCUACGAUAAAUUGGCAGAGGUGUACUUCAACGCUGGGGACUGGGAAACCGCUCUCUUCGUCCUCGACAAGAUUGACCAGUGCUCCAACGAUAUUUGCAGGUUCAGAGGGACCAACAUUGACGAAGUAAGUGUACUUGAACAGAGAAAAUGGAUGACCACUAGGAGGGUACAAUGUCUUAAGUAUCUUGGCCGGAUACCAGAGUCUAAGAUGCAGGUUCAGGAGCUGAAGAAUAUUGUGAGUCGGAGAGAGGACCUAUGGUCGAGUCAAGAUCGACAGAACGAGCAAUAUCAGAAUCUCACGGCUAUGAUGGAACGCCGCAUGGGCGAUAUGUCCCCCUCGACGAGGGUGAACGUUGGGGACUAUGUCUUUCGUCCCAGAACGUGUCACCGGGUCGAAGUACCUCAAACGCAACACUCAGAGGUAUCAUCAAAACUUGAAUCUAAUUUACAAGCCGAACGGCCUGGCGAUGUUGCCCAACAGGCAGGAGAAGUUGAUACCAGAUUAGCUAACAAAACGACGGUGGAAGCUUCAGACAGAAAUCCAGGCCGCCAAGACAUCGAAGAGGAAGCCUCGGAUAAUCUCUAUCUUAUUAACAAGCCCUGGAUGAAGAACGUUAAUGAGCUUCUGGAUUCCUUAGGAGGGACCCGUGUAAAAGAAUACUACGACUUCGAGAUACCACCGGGCCGUAUAGGUGGGCUGUUCUUGUAUCAAUCACGAGUCUUUAUGGCCAACGCGUUCCUCAAGAUGCUGGGCGUUCUUUAG